AUGGAUGAAGAAGACCCAUUAGGGCCCCCAAAGAAUACUCAAAACUUAGAUUUGUCUAAGUUAUCUCCUCAAGAAUUACGUAUAUAUAAGAUGUAUGGUAAAUUGCCAACCACUCAACAGAUUUUAACAUCAAAAUUCCAAGACAAGAAGUAUUUCGAUAGCGGUGAUUAUGCAAUGCAAAAACAGGAUGGUAAUAAGCACACAAUUCCAGGCGGGAUCCCAUUGAGACACCCCAAUGCGGAAAAAGUAAAAGAAAUGUACAACAGAAGCUCCAUAAGUGGUAGCAACGCAGGAAUAUUGUACAACGGUAAACUGAAUUUAUUGAAUGAGUCGACUCCUACGAAAGAAGAACCAGAAAAAACUGAUGCUAAAUGA